UGCCGCCAUUUUGUGGAGAGAGUGUGGGACUAGCAGUCUCUUCUUGUUCGCCUCAGUUUUCUCCGCAGGAGGUGCUGCCCGCUGCCAUGUUCACCGCUCGUAUGGCUGCUGCCCUCGCCCAUUCCCUGCUGCGGCAGGUCGGCUUGAUUUCCAGAAACACCCAGGGUGCAGCAUUUGUUGCUACAAGAAAUGUCCAUACCUCUAAAACAUGCUUUCAGAAGACUGGUACUGCUGAGGUAUCCUCUAUUCUUGAAGAACGUAUUUUGGGAGCUGACACCUCUGCUGAACUUGAGGAGACUGGCCGUGUGCUCUCAAUUGGUGAUGGUAUUGCCCGUGUAUAUGGCCUAAGAAAUGUCCAAGCAGAAGAAAUGGUUGAAUUCUCUUCUGGAUUGAAAGGAAUGUCCUUGAAUUUGGAGCCCGACAAUGUUGGUGUUGUCGUGUUUGGUAAUGACAGACUGAUCAAGGAGGGGGAUGUUGUGAAGAGGACUGGUGCCAUUGUGGAUGUUCCAGUUGGGGAAGAGCUGCUGGGCCGUGUUGUAGAUGCCCUGGGCAAUCCAAUUGAUGGGAAGGGUCCUAUUACAUCUAAGAUGCGUAGAAGAGUUGGCUUAAAGGCCCCUGGGAUCAUUCCCAGAAUCUCUGUGCGUGAACCUAUGCAGACUGGUAUUAAGGCUGUGGACAGCUUGGUGCCCAUUGGUCGUGGACAGCGUGAGCUGAUCAUUGGUGACAGGCAGACCGGGAAAACUUCGAUUGCAAUUGACACAAUAAUCAACCAGAAACGAUUUAAUGAUGGGACAGAUGAGAAGAAGAAGCUGUACUGUAUCUAUGUUGCAAUUGGCCAGAAGAGAUCUACUGUUGCUCAGCUGGUGAAGAGGCUCACUGAUGCAGAUGCCAUGAAGUACACUAUUGUGGUAUCAGCCACGGCAUCCGAUGCAGCACCCCUGCAGUAUCUGGCUCCCUAUUCAGGCUGCUCCAUGGGGGAAUACUUCAGAGACAAUGGAAAACAUGCAUUAAUCAUUUAUGAUGACUUAUCCAAACAGGCCGUUGCCUAUCGCCAGAUGUCUCUGCUGCUGCGUCGACCACCUGGUCGUGAAGCCUACCCAGGUGAUGUGUUCUACCUGCACUCUCGUCUGCUGGAGAGAGCAGCCAAGAUGAAUGAUUCCUUUGGAGGUGGCUCUCUGACAGCCUUGCCUGUCAUUGAAACUCAGGCUGGUGAUGUGUCAGCUUACAUUCCAACCAAUGUCAUUUCCAUCACUGAUGGACAGAUUUUCUUGGAAACUGAGUUGUUCUACAAAGGUAUCCGUCCAGCCAUCAACGUUGGUCUGUCAGUGUCCCGUGUAGGUUCUGCUGCUCAGACCAGGGCUAUGAAGCAGGUGGCAGGUACCAUGAAGCUGGAAUUGGCUCAGUAUCGUGAAGUAGCUGCCUUUGCUCAAUUUGGAUCUGAUCUGGAUGCUGCCACACAACAGCUGCUGAACCGUGGUGUACGUCUGACAGAGCUGCUCAAACAAGGACAGUAUGUUCCCAUGGCUAUUGAGGAGCAGGUCGCGGUCAUCUAUGCUGGUGUCAGAGGUCACUUGGACAAGCUGGAACCCAGCAAAAUCACUAAAUUUGAGAGUGCUUUUCUAGCUCACGUACUGAGUCAGCACCAGGUCCUCCUCUCCACAAUCAGAAGUGGCAGACACCCUUCAGCUCGAGCUAUUUUUGAAAAUCACAGCACAAUCCCAGAAACGCAGUUUCAGUGCUGUCAUGUGCUGUGUGUCAGCACUGUGGUGACACCUGCUUCCCCAGUCUCCUCUUUUCUAGACUAAACAGCACCAGUUCCUGCAGCCUUUCCUCGUAUGAAAGAUGUUCCAGUCCUCUGAUCAUCGUGGUGGCCCUGCACUGGACUCUCUCCAGAAGUUCUCUGUCCUUGAGCUGAGGAGCCCAGAACUGGACACAGUACUCCAGAUGAGGCCUCACCAGGGCAGAGUAGAGGGGGAGAAGAACCUUCCUUGACCUGCUGGCUACAUUCUUCUUGAUGUAUCCCAGGAUGCCAUUGGCCUUCUUGGCCACAAGGGCACAUUGCUGGCUCACGAUUAGUUUAUUAUCAACCAGCACUCCCAGGUCUCUCUCUGCAGAGCUGCUCUCCAGGUCAGUCCCUGGUCUGUCCUGGUGCAUGGGGUUGUUCCUUCCCAGAUGCAGGACUCUGCACUUGUCCUUGUUGAACCUCAUGAGGUUCCUCUCUGCCCAACUCUCAAACCGGUCAAGAUCUUGCUGAAUGGCAGCACAGCCUUCUGGUGAAUCAGCCAGUCCUCCCAAUUUGGUGUCAUUGGCAAACUUGCUGAGGGUACACUCUGUCCCCUCAUCCAGGUCGUGGAUGAAGAUGUUGAACAAGACUGGCCUCAGAACCAGUCUCUGUGGAACUCCACUGGCCACAGGACUCCAACUUGAUUCUGUGGCACUGAUCACCAUUCUCUGGACUCUGUCAUUCAGACAGCUCUCGAUCCACCUCACCGUCCACUCAUCCAAGCCACACUGCUUGAGCUUUCUGAGGAGGAUGUUAUAGGAGUCAGUAUCAAAAGCCUUGCUGAAGUCAAAGUAGAUGACAUCCGCUGCUCUCCCCUCAUCUAGCCAGCUGGUUAUGCACUCAUAGAAGACUAUCAGGUUGGUCAAACAGGAUUUCCCCUUGGUGAAUCCAUGUUGACUCCCCCUGAAAACCACCUUUUCCUUCAUAUGUUUAGUGAUGACAUUCAGGAAGAGUUGUUCCAUCACCUUUCCAGGGAUGGAGGUGAGACUGACCGACCUGUAGUUUCCUGGGUAGUCCUUCUUGCCCUUUUUGAAGACUGGAGUGACAUUGGCCUUUCUCCAGUCCUCAGGCACCUUGCCUGAUGAGCAAAAGCAGACAUACAGAAGGGAAAGGCCUGAGAAAGUUAAAGACAUGAUUCACUGUAAACUAACACCAUGUUAAGAAACCUCAACUCACUGGAAUUCGAACCACUUGUUAGUAAAGGCCUUGAAGACCCUGAAAGCUGAUAACUAAGAAGCUGGUGUGCAGACAGCUGCAGAUAAGAAGGACUUGGAAUGUGGAAAACAGAAUUGUUUGCAUCCUGCUCCAUGGCAUGAAAAUCUACCAGAGACACUGAACAAGUGUAAGCUCGAAGAGGACUUAUUUCAAUACAGAGUGGGGAUAGGUCAUGAAUAUGUAAUAGGCGCUUAUGCAUACCCCUACCUGUACCCUAUAAGUAUCCCUUUGUUAGACAAUAAUGUAUGUGACGUGUGCAGAAUUAUCUCCUUCACAUCCACUGGCACAAUACAUACUUGCUGUAUAACCCUUAACUGUGUUAUAGAGUUUGUUCCCUGAGU